GAGUUUGUAGAGCGGUUCAAAGGCCACAAUGGGCAUGUCCUCCGUUGUAUAUGAGCAUGUGUGGUGAUGCCCGCCAGCGAUGGGGAGUAUCACCACACUGAAAGGUGUAAGAUUAAAUCCUUAAACUAGUUUUGAUGAGCCCCCUGUGUCUCCUUCGUAGUCCUACUAUUUUUUUACACAUCCAGUAUGAGUUAUAUUAUUAUGAUUGCUUCUUUAUAGUUUGUUUUUUUGCAAAGGUCUAAUACUUGUGAAGACUCAAUCCUAGACUCUAUGGUCUACUUCUAAGCAUUGGUGAACUACUUCCAACAGAAGAGGCCCUUGCCCUGGAAGGUCCUGUUGUGUUUUGAACUGUGGCCACUUUGGGGCGGUUGUCUCUAAUGGCUUGUCUACGCUGAAGACCUCCAGCAGUCUGCAGAGGAACUCGAAAUUAAACCCCUUUCAAUGGUUGACCACUUCUAGCAGUGGGGCGGCUUUGGUUUAAUAGGGUGCACCACCUCACACUGGGGGGAGAUUAGCACCAGGGUUCGACUACAGCUCUAUAUCGUCAGCUGUCCUACUGUCUGACUGAAUUCAGCAUUUCCCUAAUUUUUCCAAAUUCAGGCCAGGCUGCUUUAUAUCAUUAAUUAAACAAUGCAAACAAAAGGUAGUACAAUUGUUUUAUAUAAUAUACAUGUUUUUUAUUGGAGGCAUGUGUCAAUCUAACAUUAGAUAAUGGUUUGACAAGGGGGUGUGGAGUGUGUGAGGUAAUCAUUAUGGUAUGGGUCUGAAGAGCAGAUCACAUCAGAACAGUCAGUACCUUCUGGGUAUUACAAGGUCUUUGUGUCCCAGGGAGCACAAUUCACAUGAUUCAUUGAACUAGGUGUUGCAACCCAACAUCUGGAACUUGGGAGAGACAGAGAAAUACUGUGAGAGACAGAGAGAGAAGAGGGAGAUACUGCGAGAGAGCCAGAGACAGAAAGAUACUGCGAGAGAGAGAGAUGGAGAUACUGCGAGAGAGCAAUAUAUACUGAGAGAGAGAUGGCAGUGGCAUGGUGACUUCCUGGUGUUUCUUUGUGUGUGUGUGUGUGUGUGUGUGUGUGUGUGUGUGUGUGUGUGUGUGUGUGUGUGUGUGUGAGUGCUGUAACUAAUGCCAUGGUGACAUAGAGCCGGAUCCUGGCUCAGCCUGAAACCAAUGGCAGCCACCCAUUGCUGGAUUAGAAGGAUUUCUUAUUACUUUAUAUAGUUCCACUUCAUCACUGCAUGGACAUAUUUACAAACCACAUCUUAAUGCAUGCAUUGGCUUUGUUUGAUAUUUGACAGACCGAAAAGUGGAUUGCACCGUGAACCCUAUAACUAACAUAACUGUUAAAAAGUUAGUAUUUUUCAGUAUUGUGGGUCAUUUUUUAUUUUGUAUUGUUCUAUCUAUGAUUAUUUUUAAAAGGAAUAUAUUAAUAAAAAAAAUGUAAAAAAAAGAUUAUGCUUACGACAUGAUCAAUUUCUCUCACGUGUUUGAAUACUGCAGGCACAUUUAAAAAAUCUCUCUCUCUCUCUCUCUCUCUCUCUCUCUCUCUCUCUCUCUCUCUCUCUCUCUCUCCAAGCAACAACAUCAAAAAAAACAUCCUGACGUCACUUGGCUUUAUAGCAGUCCACGCGCCUCCCGCCGACUCUGACUUUGUUGCUCUUGAUUCCCCCGGUCCUCACCCCGGUAGACCCUCUGCUCACCAGUCCUCUCCCUCGGUAGACCACCGACCCUCUCCGGUCCUCUCCCCCGGUAGACCACCGACCCUCCCCGGUCCUCUCCCCCGGUAGACGACCGACCCUCCCCGGUCCUCUCUCCCGGUAGACCACCGACCCUCCCCGGUCCUAUCUCCCGGUAGACCACCUCUGGUACCUGCGAAACGGAACAAAUCUCGGGAGUUGAUUUUGAUUUUGGCCGCUGAAAUAUCAUCUUUCUACGAUCAUUAAGAAGAUUCCCCCAGAGUUCGAGUAUAAUAUAGUCUCCAUGGUAAAGCGCUGAGGUGGACCAUAUGGAUGGAGCUGGGAUGGUGAACUCCUCAGCGGCGGUGCCCUGGCCGGCAGAGUCCUCGGAGCCAAACGGCAGCCUCCAGUACUCCUCCGCCCCGCUGCUGUUCCCCGUCAACCCCUGGGACAUCAUGCUCUGCAUGUCGGGAACUGUCAUCACCUGUGAGAACGCCAUCGUGGUGGCCAUCAUCUUCUACACACCCACCCUCCGAACCCCCAUGUUCGUUCUGAUCGGGAGCCUGGCCUCCGCGGACCUCCUGGCCGGGGUGGGCCUCAUCCUCAACUUUGUGUUCCAGUACGUGGUCUCCUCGGAGGCCAUCAGCCUGAUCACGGUCGGCUUCCUGGUGGCCUCCUUCACGGCCUCCAUCAGCAGCCUGCUCGCCAUCACGGUGGACCGCUACCUCUCUCUAUACAACGCCCUCACCUACUUCUCCGACCGGACCCUGCGCUACGUGCACAGCAUGCUGCUCUUCACGUGGGGGGCGUCGCUGGUCCUAGGCCUGAUGCCUGUGCUCGGCUGGAACUGUCUGGGUGCGCCGGACACUUGCAGCAUCGUGCGGCCGCUGACCCGCGCCAACCUGACGAUGCUCGCCGCCUCCUUCUUCCUCAUCUUCGUGCUCAUGCUGUCGCUCUACGUCCGGAUCUGUAAGAUCGUGUGCCGCCACGCGCAGCAGAUUGCCCUGCAGCAGCACUUCUUCAGCGCCACACACUACGUGGCCACCAAGAAGGGCGUGUCCACGCUGGCCAUCAUCCUUGGCACCUUCGGCGCCAGCUGGCUGCCCUUCGCCACCUACUGCCUGGUGGGCCAGAGGGCGUACCCGGCAGUGUAUACCUACGCCACGCUGCUGCCCGCCACCUACAACUCCAUGAUCAACCCCAUCAUUUAUGCCUACCGCAACCAAGAGAUCCAGCGGGCCCUCUAUCUGCUGCUCUGCGGCUGCUUCAGGGACGCAGCCUACCGCUCCAGGUCGCCCAGUGACGUCUGAGCUUGAGAGGGUGUGUGUGUGUGUGUGUGUGUGUGUGUGUGUGUGUGUGUAUGUGUGUGUGUAUGCGUCUGUCUGUCUGUCUGUCCGUCAAUGUGUGCGUCUGUUUGUCUGUCUUGUGUGCGUAUGUCUGUCUGUCUGUCAGUGUGUGCGUCUGUCUGUUUGUCUGUCCAUUUUUUUAUGGGUGCAUAUGUGUGUGUGUGUGUGUGUGUUUCUGGGGAGAGAACCCAUUGUGCAUCCAUUGACAUUCUGUUACUUGACGCACCAAUGAAUGUGUGACGCUACAAAUUUUGAUCUCACGCAUAUAUGCACUUUAUCACGUCUUUAAAACAAAAUAAGAUGACGUUUAAAUGCUGUGAACAAGGUCUGAUUUUGGAAAUAGGCAAAUAAAGCUGUAAUCUUGCACUUUAUUAAAUGUAAAAAUGCCAAUGCAUCGGCCUAUUGUGUGUUAAAAAGUUUGUCAGUAUUGUGGGUCAUUUUCUAUUUUGUAUUGUUCCAUUUAUGAUUAUUUUUAAAAGGAAUAUAUUAAUAAAACUGAUUAUUCAUACGACAUGAUCAAUUUCUCUCACGUGUUUCAAUGCUGCACGCACAAAAAACACAAAAAACUCUGUCUGUCUGUCUGUCUGUCUGUCUGUCUGUCUGUCUGUCUGUCUGUCUGUCUGUCUGUCUGUCUGUCUCUCUGUCUCUCUCUCUCUCUCUCUCUCUCUCUCUCUCUCUCUCUCUCUCUCUCUCUCUCUCUCUCUCUCUCUCUCUCUCUCUCUCUCUCUCUCUCUCUCUCUCUCUCUCUCUCUCUCUCUCU